CUAUACGGCGGGCGACUGGUCUGGCCUAGCUGCGGGCCUUCCUCCCAGAGGUCCACGGUCCCGUUUAAACUAUGGGGGACCCACCCCCCGACCCCGAGCCCCCGCCCCAGCCAAGCUCCAGCCAUCGGGAUUCUCAGGUCUCCGAGCAGCGGCGGCGACGCAGUCGGGAACCCUCUAGGCCCUCAGCCUCAGAUGAGGUGCAGCAGAUACCGCUUGACACGCGGAUCCUGCGCAGCAGUCAGGAGAUCCCGUCGAACCCGAUGAACCUCCAGGGCUGGUCACAAGGGGCCAGCCUGCCUCCAAAUGAGAACGCCUUGUUCCAGGCUGAGGAAGCCCAGCUGGGCGAAGUAGAGUACCUUUCCCCAAAUACGGGCUUCCCCUCCGAGGAACAGCCCCGCACUUACCCGAGUGAAGACGGGCUCUGGGCUCACAACGCCAGUCUAAUGCUGCAGCAGCUACGUCAGGGCAAAGGCAGCCUCUUCCAGCAAGUGGAGGCUGCCUAUCAGGAGCCUCGGGCUGACCUCUUGGGCCAGUUCACCAUGUACCAGAGAGAAGACCUGCAGUUCAGCCAGGGUGCCCAGCAUGGGCCCUACAUCAGGGAUGACCCUGCCCUCCAGUUCUCCCCCUCUGAGCUGGGAUUCAUGCCCUUCAACAUAGAGGCGCCUGAGCCGGAACCUCGGGAGCUGGCUGUGCAGAACGCCAAGGCCUACCUGCUGCAGACCAGCAUCAAAUGUGACCUCAGCCUGUAUGAGCACCUGGUGAACCUGCUGACCAGGAUCCUGAACCAGCGGCCGGAGGACCCCUUGUUCCUCCUGGAGUCGCUGAGCCGCACCACGCAGUGGGAGUGGUUCCACUCCAAGUUAGACACACUUCGGGACGACCCCGAGAUGCAGCCCACCUAUGAGAUGGCCGAGAGGCAGAAGGCACUCUUCAGCCGGAGCGGCGGCGGGGAGGGCGGCGAGCAGGAGAUGGAGGAGGAGGUGGCCGACACCGCGGUGCCCAACAUCAUGGAGAAGGCCUUCUACUUCGAACAGGCGGGCGUGGGCCUGAGCUCCGACGAGAGUUUCCGCAUCUUCAUGGCCCUGAAGCAGCUGGUGGAGCAGCAGCCCAUCCAUAGCUGCCGCUUCUGGGGCAAGAUCCUGGGGCUCAGUCGCAGCUACCUGGUGGCCGAGGUGGAGUUCCGGGAGGGCGAGGAGGAGGGCGAAGAGGAGGAAGUGGAGGAGCUGAUGGAGGGCGGCGAGGUCCUGGAGGCGCACGCGGAGGAGGAGGGCGAGGAGGAUGAGGAGAAGGUCUCGGACCUUAUCCCCAAGUCCACGUGGAAGCCGCCACCCGUCAUCCCCAAGGAGGAGAGCCGCUCGGGCGCCAACAAGUACCUGUAUUUCGUGUGCAACGAGCCGGGCCGGCCGUGGGUGCGGCUGCCCCACGUGACGCCCAUUCAGAUCGUGCAGGCCCGCAAGAUCAGGAAGUUCUUCACUGGCCGCCUGGAUGCGCCCGUCGUCAGCUACCCGCCCUUCCCGGGCAACGAGGCCAACUACCUGCGGGCCCAGAUCGCCCGCAUCUCCGCCGCCACACACAUCAGUCCCCUCGGCUUCUACCAGUUUGGCGAGGAGGAGGGCGACGAGGAGGAGGAGGGCGGUGCCGGGCGCGACUCCUACGAGGAGAACCCGGACUUUGAGGGCAUCCCGGUUCUCGAGCUUGUGGACUCCAUGGCCAACUGGGUGCACCACACCCAGCACAUCCUGCCGCAGGGCCGCUGCACUUGGGUGAACCCUUUGCAGAAGACGGAGGAGGAGGAGGAGCUGGGAGAGGAGGAAGAGAAGGCCGAUGAGGGGAGAGAGGAGGUGGAGCAGGAGGUCGGGCCCCCGCUGCUGACGCCGCUCUCAGAAGAUGCAGAAAUCAUGCACAUGUCACCCUGGACCGCCCGCCUGUCCUGCAGCCUCAGCCCACAGUAUUCCGUGGCCGUGGUGCGCUCCAAUCUCUGGCCUGGGGCCUAUGCCUAUGCCAGUGGCAAGAAGUUUGAGAACAUCUACAUUGGCUGGGGCCACAAAUACAGUCCGGAGAACUUCAACCCAGCCCUGCCAGCCCCCAUUCAGCAUGAGUACCCCAGCGGCCCGGAGAUCAUGGAGAUGAGUGACCCCACAGUGGAGGAGGAACAGGCCCUUAAGGCUGCCCAGGAACAGGCCCUGGUGGCCGCAGAGGAAGAGGAGGAGGAUGAAGAGGAAGAUGAGGAUGAGGACCCAGAUGACUGAGAGCCCAUAGCCCCCUUCUUCAAGCAGGUGAUAGCAGGUUUUCCCUUAUGCAUAGUUCCAGCUUGUUUUUUCAGUGUUGGCUUGCUUUCUGUCCAUAGAGGGCAGGGGUAGAAGAGGGUGGCAGCUGCUCUGAAUAAAAUUUCCCCAGUGCAUUCUGGCCGAGUCCAUCCCUCAUUUGUUCACCGCUUCCAAGUCAGGACUGUGGCCCUUUGCUGGGAACACAGACUUCGCCUUGUAUAGUCUCGCCUAUCUGUUCAUUUAUUCGUUCAUCUGGUCAUCAAACAACUACUGAAGUGCCUCCUGUCAGCCCAGCCCUGCAUUGAGGACACAGUAGCAAGCAAGCAGCCCCAGAUCUGGUUUCUGGGGGCUCACACAGGAGAGACAGACACAUCUCCAGGCAAUGACAACCCAAAUGGGGAGCCUAGAGGACUGAGAGAGCUCCUGAGCUGGUUCAUAAAUAAACAGUGGGUAGGGAAUUCCAAGCAGAGAGAAUAGGGUGUGCAAAGACCCAAGCGCCAGAGUGAGAGACGUGAUGUGUUGGGGUAGAUUUUCUUUGUUUUUUGUUGGCUGCACAUGGGGCAUUCGGAAGAUCCUGGGACAGGGAUGGAACCUGCAUCAAAGCAGCAAUCUGAGCUGCUGCAGUGACAAUGCUGGAUCCUUAAACCCUUGUUGUGCCACAAGAGAACUCCCAAGAUUCUCAAACCUCAUUUUUGGAACAUGGCGUGAGGAGUCAGUGAGAGAGCAGCAACAAGGCUGAUGCAGGGAGUGCCCAAGCAGGAGAGGAGGAGUUUAGACCAGGACCGUGAAGAGGAAUGGACUGGAAAAGAGGAAUUCAAGUGACAGAAUGCAGAAGACUUGGGGACUGGGAUCCAGGAGUGAUCGGAAAUGGCAGAAAUCUAAGGAGACACCAAGGUCUGCAACCUGGGUGACUGGAGGGGAUAGCAGUGCCAACCCUAAGACGGGGAGACAGAAGAGAGACAGAAUUUGGAGUUAGAUGUCAAUUUUAUUGCAGGAAUGGUUGAGUGUGAGAUGCUCCUGAGACAUUCUGGUGAGAAAUCUGGGAGGUGACUGAAUAAAUGGGUAGAGGAAGAUCUGUGAUUCAGACAGGGUGGCAUCAGCAGGGUGAGAUCAGGAAGAGAUUUGGGGUUUGCUAGCGGAUCACUGGGGGCAUUUCAAAGAUCAAUAAAAUUUUGGUGGGUGUUGGAGGACCAAAUGAG